CCUCCUCCAUGCAGCGCACAGCCGGAGCAGCACAGCUAUUUAAAAGUUUUUGGGACGUAUUUUACACUUUAUCAUCCCUCGUUUUUUGGGGCAGAGUGUCUCCUGGCUGAUGACUCUACUGAACCAAGACCGUGUGGGCUUCGUAACUUUUAACACACUCGAAAGGAAACGUUGAGAUUUUGUCUUCGUUGCCGAACUGCUGCUGCUUCCAACUUCAGAACUUCAGCGGACUUACUUCUACUUGUGGAGAGUGUGCGAACACAGUGUGUUUUUGUGUGGACACUGUCUAACACUGCUUAAAGUGAGCGCUGGUGUCCAGUUGCCCCGGGUGAUGGCACACAGACGCCCCAUUGCCGUCCUGCUCUUCGCCCUCUACAGCGUGGCCUCUGCAGGUCCGCUCUCCCGUAGCCCAUGUGAAUUGUUGCCAGUGGGUGCCAGCCACCCUGUCCAGGCCUUCCUGAAGAGUUUCACGGCCCAGUCUGGCUGCGCAAGCAGAGGAACCACCAGCCUUCCUCAGGAGGUGCACAUCAUCAACCUGCGUAGCAGCAGCCCUGAAGGAACAGGAGAGAAACCUGCAGAGGUGGCACUGCAUCUGAAGCCAAUCCAGUCUCUGUCUGUUCACCACAAGCCGCUGGUGUUUCUCCUGAACUCACCGCAGCCCGUCCUGUGGAAGCUUCACACAGAGAAACUCGUCCCUGGAGUCAAGCGAAUCUUCCACGUGUCGCAGGGUUCAGAUGUUCAGUUCGAGGGGAAUUUCUCGCUGUCGUGUGAAGUACAGACACAGACUCUUCCCCACGGCAAUGAACACCUGCUGUCCUGGGCCCAGCACCGCUACCAAGCCGUCACCUCCUUCAGUGAACUGAAGAUGGCCCACGACGUCUACAUUAAAGUUGGAGAGGACCCUGUGUUCUCUGACACUUGCAAAAUUGACAAUAAGUUCCUGUCUCUGAACUAUCUGGCGAGUUAUGUGGAGCCUCAGACAUCCACAGGCUGUGUCCUGUCCGGCCCUGACCCCCAGCAAGAGGUUCACGUCAUUGAACUGCAAGCGCCCAACUCCAGCAGUGCAUUCCAGGUGGAUGUGACGGUGGAUUUGAGGCCGUUAGAGGGGGAGAUUCCUCUGCAUCGUGACGUUGUGUUGCUGCUCAGAUGUGAGAAAUCAGUGAACUGGGUGAUCGAGGCCCAUAGCAUCAUCGGCAAACUGCAAAUAGUGACAUCAGACAGUGUUGGCCUGAGUGCUAGCACAGAGCGGCUAAUGCAGGUGUCUAAGGCUGUAAGGCAGAAGCUUCCUGCAGGGGCUCAGGCACUGAUCCAGUGGGCGCAGGAGAACGGUUACAGCCCCGUAACCUCCUACACCAGCACCGCUGUGGCCAACGUCUUUAACCUGCGCCUCAAAGAAGCUGAUGUGGUGGAUCCUCUGGAGUCAAUGUUUCCUCCGGAGCUCUCCAUCCUCCAGAAUGGCAACCCGCUCCCCCUGCCCAGUGUCCGGGAUGCUCCUGCCCGGCCCAGCCUCCCCUUCCCUUUCCCUCCGCCCCCAGACCACGGCCUGCCCUUUCCGCUCCUCCCACCCUCUCUGGAGGAGCCGCAGGGUCCUGAGGAGCAGCGGGGGGCGCUGACUGCAGGGUUGAGCGUGCGCUGUGAGGAGAACAGGAUGGUGGUCAGCAUCGACAAGGAAAGCCUGCAGGCGAAUGGCAUUAGUAAACCUAACAUAACCCUUCAGGACCCACGAUGCAAAGCAACUUCAAACUCCACUCACUAUACACUGGAAACACCUCUUACUGGCUGUCAAACCACCAAAUACCCCUCUCACCCAAGCCCAGUGGUCCUCUACAUCAAUUCAAUUGUGAUCAGCCAUUCAGAAGUCAGGGACGGCAGUGGCUGGCCAUUGGAUGAUGAAGACCUCGAAUCUGGAGAUGUGCUUUUGCCAGGAGAUCCAGACACCCCAGAAAAGACUGCCAUGGAGACUGGACACCGCUCUACCAUCAUAUUUAACUGUACGUAUCGUAAAGACCUGGACGCUGCAGGUGAGUCUCACAGGCCGGGGUUUGGCAGGUUGUCCAAAGAGCCAGUGGACAAUGUGACGUUCAGCAUGGAGCUGUUUACGACCAACCUGUUCCGCUAUCCAGCACUGAACACCUUCCUGACCAUCUCGGAGAAUAAACCCAUCUUUGUAGAGAUUUCAGCCACUAAAACAGACCCUGAUCUGGGCUUCAUGAUCCAGUCAUGCUUCAUCUCUCCAGACUCCAACCCUUUGGUACAGUCUGUGUAUGUGAUCAUAGAGAACAUCUGUCCUACUGAUGACUCGGUGCUGUAUUACCCUCAGAAAGUGGACUUCCCUGUGCCUCACGCUCAAAUGGACAGAAAGCGCUUCAGCUUCACCUUCAAGUCAAAGUUAAAUGUCUCAGUGCUCUUCCUGCACUGUGAGAUGGCCCUCUGCUCCAAGAUACCAACCAGCCACCAGGGACUGCCAGAGUGUAUGCUCCCAGAUGAAGCGUGCACAUCCGUCAGCUUGGACACCAUUAUCAAAAUGAUGAUGAACACCAAAACCUCCACCAAACCACUGGUGGUUGUCUUAGACAGAAAUGACAGUGGAAAUCACAUCAAUCCUGAGGAUAAAAGCACAAAAACACCUGUUCCCACAACCCGUAAGCCUCUGCCUUCAAAUGUUGCUCCUGAUGAUCGUGAAUCAUUCAUGUAUGUGUUGGACACUCCUACGGUGGUGGGCAUUGCUUUUGCAGCCUUCGUCAUUGGAGCCUUGCUGACUGGAGCCCUGUGGUUCAUUUACUCGCACACAGGUGAUUCAGCGAGCAAGCAGCAGGUGGUGCGGUCUCCUCCUGCCUCUGAGAACAGCAGUGCAGCCCACAGCAUCGGCAGCACUCAGAGCACCCCCUGCUCUAGCAGCAGCAAUGCAUAGCACACUUCCUCUUCUCCGGCCGCACCUCCUUUACCCACCGUCAGACCUCCUUUAUAUUUGGCUACGCUUACUCUGGCCAUUCAUGACCACACCUUCUGUACCUAUAACCACACCUCAUUCACAUAGGGCCACACCUCUUUUACCUCUGGUCACACUUCAUUCACCCUCCUUUUACCCUUGCCUCACUUUCUUUUUCUUCUGGCUCCACUUCCUAUUUCCCUUACAUUCACUUCCUUUUCCCCAGGCCACACCUCUUUUCCCCAAGCUGCACCCUUUUCCCGUGACCACAGCUCUUUUACCCUGGUGAGGUUUGUUUUUUUCCUUAAUAUUCUUAGUCUCAGAAGCUUUCUGAAAGGGGAGGAGGACUGAGUGAAUUUUGUAGCAUGUACAGCAGCAGUAACUGGCUAAUUGCUUUGGCUUGGAAGUGGAAGAGCUCACCGUCCUGUCCUAAAUGGCAUGAGGAGUCAGUCUGAGAAUGCAAGCAGCAUUUGGAAGACAAAUCGGGGAUGGAAGAUGAUAAAUGCUGGUGAGAAACCAGCCAGUUUUUACACGCUGCUUUACAGAAAAAAAAGACUACAACAGAGAAUUUUGUUUUUACCAUAUAUGGAUGGGAAAUGUCUGUACAUAACAAAGCUUGUUUACCCCAAUCAUUCUUACUGCGUGGAGGCAUCUGGAAGAUCAGCCAGCUAGAUUGAGGCCGAGACUCCAUGUGGUUGCACAACGCUAUUCAAAGUGCCAAAGCAAGCGAAUAGCUACAAAACUGUGGCCAAUCAAUAAUUAGUACCAUGUAUGUCUCGUUUCAGGGCAAGAAUAUUCCAAAAUAUACAAAAAAAAAUGCAUAUGUCCAGCAAACCACUACAUUUGAUCUGUUGAUUUUCUGUCAAUCACACAUGCUCCAAUGUUUUUACUUGCCACAUUUUGCCAGCUCUGCACCCUGUGUUCCUUCCUUAGGUUAAAAAUGACUGUCGUUAUUGUCAUAAGCAUCACAGCCACCACAGGACUUUCUCUUGCAUUAGCUGGCAUUUGCCAUCAGUAUGUUUUUUUUCAAGCACAGUCUUAUAGAAUAGUUAUUGUAAUUUGCAUCUUUUGUCAUACCAAAAGUGCAGUGAUUCAGACUGGAGCUCCAAGGCCAAAACAUGCACCCAAGAUUCAGCCAAGAAUGAUUGGUGUAAAUGUCUUAAAAGAGACAUUCUGGUUUUAUCAGAUAAUAGCAUUUAUAUAUAAAUGUAUUGUAAAAUAAAAUAUAUUUUUUUGGUAAAAGUUUAUAUAAAGAAUUUUAUGAAAAUACUGAAAGUAGCCACGUUAUAAAUGCAUUUGUCUUUAUCCUAAUGCUAUAGAUAGUUCAAGCUAUUCUCAUAAACCAUUUAUACAGCUUCAUUUUUUAAUAUAAAAGAUAGUAUAAAUGAUAAUAUUUAAUAAGAAUACAUUUAAGAGUCUAUUUAUUUAUUGAUGUAAAUGUGCAUCAGCUAUGUACAACAACUUGGCUUUGAAAAUAUAGCAAGAUUAAAACAUAAUUACAGAAACAUGCUUACAGAUGAUUAUUAAUAAUCCCGUUAAUUAUUUUAUCUCUUAGAUAAUGAACAGUUACAACAGAUGUAAUGUGAGAAUAAUCAACUACUUUGCUUUUGAAGCUUCAUAAGCUACUGGCAAAAAUAGCAGCAGUUUAUAUGCAUCACUAUUGGAUCACUGAUAGACUCUAUAGAGAGUGAACUUAUCUGGGCAUUAUAUCAGAAGCCAAUGCAUUUGUUCAGCAAAGAAGUGGUUUAUUUUUGUAGAUGUAUCCAUAGACCACCAUGCCUUUUACACACUGUCUCCUUGUAGCUUUAUUGCAAACAGUCAACCUUUCCAAAAAGCAACUUGCUAGGUUGGACAAGCUUUACAGAACAUUUGCAAAAAACCCAAUUUAACCUUGAGAAACUAUAAUGUACAACUUAGGUUUUGUCAAAAUAUCUGACUUUACAGUUCACUAGUAAUUUCAAGUGAUAUUUAUUAUGUAUGUGUGGGAAAGGUUACACUGUUAGGACAGAUCAGCUGCUGUUAUUGUUGUGUAAUCUCACUUUGAAUCGCUGAAUCAUUCUCUUACAGUCGUAGGCAAAGGUUUGAACACCCCUAAAUUGCAUCAAAUUGCAUGUUCCAUUGAUUUUCUGCAUGAAAAUAAGUUAACAUGUCCUCUAC